AUGAAACGCAGAUGGGCAGGGUUGCAAGCAGUUAGACUGACCCCGGAAGAUUCUAGUGCGGAAGUGACAUCAUCUUCGACCACUUUGGUUAUGAGUCCAGCCAAUUCGCUCGCCUCCACCGAUAUUGGAGAGGUUGAUCUUGAAUUCUGGGAUUUGGACUUGAACGCCCAGAAUCAUGCCCGAAAUUUAAUCAUACAAAACGGAUACAGUGCUAUCAAUGGACAUACUAUUAUUGCUAAAUCUGAUACCAGUUCAAUGUCAGGAAGGGAAGAUUUAUCACCUCCAAGCAGCCUGAACGGAUACAGUGCAGAUAGUUGUGAUGCGAAGAAAAAGAAAGGACCGACGCCCCGACAACAGGAGGAAUUGUGCCUGGUGUGUGGGGAUAGGGCGUCGGGGUACCAUUAUAAUGCGCUUACUUGUGAGGGAUGUAAAGGAUUUUUCCGGCGGAGCAUAACAAAAAAUGCAGUCUAUCAAUGCAAGUACGGCAACAAUUGCGACAUCGAUAUGUACAUGAGACGGAAGUGCCAAGAAUGUCGACUAAAAAAGUGUCUGACGGUUGGCAUGCGACCAGAAUGCGUAGUACCCGAGACACAGUGUGCUGUCAAGAGAAAGGAAAAGAAAGCACUAAAGGAAAAGGACAAGCCCAACAGUACGACACUUCUUUGCAGUAACACCAAUGGGUCGCCUACAGGUGUAAUCAAAAUUGAACCAGAGCUUCUAUUCUCCCAAUUGGCCGAAGGGGAUAGAUCAAACGGAAACGGCGUCAAACCCAUAUCCCCUGAACAGGAAGAACUUAUACAUCGGCUGGUGUACUUCCAGAACGAGUAUGAGCACCCCUCAGAGGAAGAUGUGAAAAGAAUAUUGAAUCAGCCAAUGGAAGAUGAGGAUCAACGUGAGGUUCGGUUCAGACACAUUACGGAGAUAACGAUACUCACAGUCCAGCUCAUCGUCGAGUUCGCGAAACAGUUACCAGGGUUUGAUAAAUUAUUGAGGGAGGAUCAAAUAGCUUUACUCAAAGCAUGUUCCAGUGAGGUAAUGAUGUUCAGAAUGGCGCGAAGAUACGAUUUCCAAACUGACUCCAUCCUGUUCUCGAACAAUCAGCCAUAUUCUAGGGAUAGCUACAAUCUCGCUGGUAUGGGCGAGACCAUCGAAGAUCUCUUGCAUUUUUGCCGAACGAUGUACGCUAUGAAAGUGGACAAUGCUGAAUACGCUUUACUCACCGCCAUUGUCAUUUUUUCAGAACGACCGUCAUUGAUGGAAGGCUGGAAAGUUGGAAAAAUACAAGAGAUUUAUCUCGAAGCUUUAAAAGCGUAUGUGGAUAAUAGGAGAAAACCGCGAGCGCACAUCAUAUUUGCAAAACUUGUGUCGGUAUUGACUGAACUGAGAACUCUGGGCAACCAGAAUUCGGAAAUGUGUUUCUCGUUGAAGCUGAAGAACAAAAAGUUACCUCCAUUCCUCGCGGAGAUUUGGGACGUCGAUGUGAAGACAUAG